AUGACAUCUCAAGCUGGACCUUCCCGUCUUGCAAACCAGCAUCAGGUUCAGAACCAGCAACAACAACGUAUAGCUCAAUCACCAUUGGAAAGAUCAGCAUCUAGAAUAUCAACAGCACUAAGUAGGAUACAAAGUACUGAGGCUUAUCCACCACAAGAUAGGGAUUUAGUUCCCUCUGAAACUGAAAUCGAGACUGAAAUCGAAAACGGAAAUGAGAAUGAAACUGGCGAAAAUUCAGAGACAACAUCAGAAAACGACUUAGAUGAAAAAUCUACACCGACGAAAGUUGAAAGUGAUCAAACUAAUAUUAAAGUCAAAGCAAAGGGGAACGGGAAAGGGAAAGGACAUGGAAUCAAUAUUGAUAUUGAACAUGUACCAGUAGAAGAUGAUCCAAGAGAAUGGAAGAAUAGUAAAAAAUGGUUCGCAUUUUUAGUUGUUACUUUGGGCUUGCUCGGCCCAAUAAUGGCUGCAAGUAUAUACAAUCCAGUGAUCAACGAUAUAACGGAAGAAUUGCAUGCUACUGAAUCACAGACGGGUUUGACUUUGAGUAUGUAUAUUCUAUUUCAAGGCUGGACACCUGUGGUAUGGGCUGGUAUUUCAGAGCCCGUCUAUCUCACAUCCUUUGCUAUUUACAUCAUCGCGUUGAUAGUAGCCUCACGAGCUAAAUCGAUGCCACUACUCAUCGCCAUGCGAGCAUUACAAGCUACUGGAUCAGGGGCGGUGACAGCUUUAGGAGCGGGUAGUUUGGCUGAUAUGUAUGAGAUACAUGAGAGGGGUUCAAAGAUGGGUUUGUACUACGGACUGCCCAUGUUAGGUCCAGGCGUAGCUCCGCUCUUAGGCGGCGCCUUGGGUCAGGCUUUCGGCUGGAGAAGUGUUUUCUACUUCCUGACAGCGUAUGCGGGUGUGAUGUUCAUCGCUUUCGUAUUGUUUCCUGAUUCGUGGAGAAGAGAGAGAUCAAGAGUAUAUCAGAAAGCAAUGUCAAACGCUACGAAACGAGCCGAAGUGGCAUCAGCUAAGAAAGAAAUGCGCAGUGAACGUCGUAAACAGAAAUUAGCUAAAGGAUCAGAUAAACUUGAAGAUAUACCUUCUUCACCUCCUGAAUCAAGAAGACAUAGUCAUGAAGAUGAAAGUACACAUAAUACGGUACUACCAUUGAGAGAAGAUAUAACAGCAACCGCGACAGUGACAGACAUCGAUAUCGAGCAACAACCAACUUUUACCAAACAAGGAGAGAUCAACGUCGAGACUCAGAACAUCACUAGAACAUGGUAUGGGAGAAAAGUCCGUUCAAACCAGAACAAAGAGGCACAGGUUGUCAAAUUGAGUUUUAGAGAUUUGAACCCUCUGCCCACUAUGAGAGGUGUGAUUGCAAAACCUGCCAAUUCAGUUUUACUGACUGCGUCUGGUAUCUUAUUUGCUGCUCAAUAUACAACGGUUUACACUGCGUCUAUCACACUGGGUGAAGCGCCGUACAAUUACAAUUCAUUACAAAUCGGUCUAGUUCUCCUAGCCUUUGGAAUAGGAAGCAUCAUGGCUAGUAUCUUAGGUGGAAGAUAUAGUGAUAUGGUAUUGAAAAGGUUGAAAAAAGGUAACGGUGGCGUUGUAAUCGCUGAGAUGCGACUCAAAGCGACUUUUGUGGCUAUGCCUUUUUUGGUACUCGGAUUUUUAGCAUAUGCAUGGACAGCAGAAAAGAAAGUACAUAUAGCUGGAAUAGUAAUUAGUUUGGUGGUAUCCGGAUUUGCUCUAUUAUGGAUAUACUCAUCUACAUUGGCAUAUCUUGUGGAUGCCAAUCCUGGAAUAUCAUCUUCUGCAGUAUCGUUAAAUUCGUUAUUUAGAGGUGUUAUGGCUUGUGUAAUGUCACAAAUUGCUGUACCUAUCAGGAACGCCAUUGGUGAUGGUGGUUUAUACACUUUAUUCGCUGGUUUAUUAGCUUUGAGUUCCGCUGCUUUGGUUUUGAUCGCUUAUCGAGGGGAACAAUGGAGAUCACCUGAUCACAAAUUCAACUGGAAGCGCUCGAACAACAGAAAAGUAGAAAAGGAAGGGAUAUAG